UUCUGCAAGCAUCACACCGUAGCAAGAGUCGGCCAAUAACUAGGCGCGGCGCAACGGCGUACGACGUUGAGCGGAAACUCUUGGGCCGUUGAUCAAAGGCCCACUAUCCAAUGUCAGCUCUGGUAAUGAUUUUGGCAGCCCUAAAGUUAGGUACGGUACCCACAAUUCCCCAGUCUGCAAUUAGGGUUCAGCAGCAUGGAAGUGACAGCGGGGCAUGCCAGGAAAGGGUACUACGAAGUACAAAAAAUGACACUUCGCAGUUUGCCCGGGCACUCAGACGCGGCGUGUCCGCCGACUGCAUAUUUACCCGAAGGGCAAAUACGAUAGACAAAGGAUCAGUUUCGUAAAACUCUUUUAUGUGGGGUACAGAAAAGCCUGGAAACCACAAUAACGGCUUUCUACAGGCUGCGGUGAAGUGCUACGAGAUA